GCAACAUUAGCUACUCACAGGCAUACACUACAAAAGCAUAAAAGUCAUAUCAAAAACUCAACUCGCGUAUUCGAGUCGGUCAGCUUUUCUAUUGAUCCUCUUUUUCGACUAAAUUUUUUAACUAUUUAUUAUUUAUUUCCCUCCUGUUUCCCUUUUUUUUUUUUUUGUUAUCACCUCCUCGCCGGAGAUCUAUUAAUUUCUCUGUUACGUCUAUCUCACCGUGCAGCAUUUAGUGUAUGGAAUGGUAAUAAAGAAUGGUCGGCAUGAAAAGCGUAUCGAGGAAGGUAGGUAAGUAUGAGGUUGGCCGUACGAUUGGAGAAGGAACAUUCGCCAAGGUUAAAUUUGCACAGAAUUUGGAAACUGGAGAAAGUGUAGCCAUGAAAGUUAUGGCCAAAAGCACCAUUCUCAAGCAUAGGAUGGUUGAUCAGAUAAAGAGGGAGAUAUCGAUUAUGAAGAUUGUUAGACACAAUAAUAUAGUUAGGUUGCAUGAGGUGUUGGCGAGCCGGACCAAGAUAUAUAUUAUUCUUGAGUUUGUUACGGGAGGAGAAUUAUUUGAUAAAAUUGUCCAUCAAGGAAGACUUUCUGAAAAUGAGGCAAGGCGAUAUUUUCAACAGCUUAUAGAUGCAGUUGCUCAUUGUCAUAGUAAGGGUGUGUACCACAGAGACCUGAAGCCUGAAAACCUUCUUUUAGAUUCUUUUGGAAAUCUGAAGGUUUCAGACUUCGGACUGAGUGCGUUGCCCCAACAAGGGGUUGGACUUCUUCAUACGACAUGUGGAACCCCAAAUUAUGUUGCACCUGAGGUAAUCGGCCACCAGGGUUACGAUGGGGCAGCUGCUGAUGUGUGGUCAUGUGGAGUGAUUCUCUAUGUUCUAAUGGCUGGAUAUCUUCCAUUUGAUGAAGUAGACCUUCCGACCUUGUACAGAAAGAUAAAUGCUGCUGAAUAUUCUUCUCCAUUUUGGUUUUCUCCUGGGGCAAAGUCACUUAUUGACAAGAUACUUGACCCCAAUCCUAAAACUCGUAUAAAGAUAGAAGGAAUUAAAAAGCAUCUGUGGUUCCGUAAAAACUACAUGCCUGUCAAACAAAGUGAAGAAGAGGAAGUGAAUUUGGAUGACGUUCAUGCAGUUUUUGGUGAUAUCGAGGACCAAUAUGUAGCAGAGCAGACAGAAAACAGUGAAGGAGGUCCUCUUAUAAUGAAUGCUUUUGAGAUGAUUACCCUGUCCCAAGGGUUGAAUUUGUCUGCCUUAUUUGACAGGCAACAGGAUUACAUUAAGCGGCAGACUCGUUUUGUAUCCCGCAGACCAGCAAAAGAUAUAAUUUCAACGAUUGAAGCUGUUGCAGAAUCAAUGAGUCUUAAGGUUCAUACGCGUAACUACAAGACAAGACUAGAAGGAAUCUCUGCGAAUAAGGCCGGACACUUUGCGGUUGUUUUAGAGGUUUUUGAAGUUGCACCAUCACUUUUCAUGGUAGAUGUCCGAAAGGCUUCUGGUGAUACUCUUGAAUAUCACAAGUUCUACAAGGACUUCUGUUCUAAACUAGAGGAUAUCAUCUGGAGACCAGCAGAUGGUGUGAAUGCCUGCAACCUCCUUAGAUCAAUGACUUGCUGAUCCACAUAUGUGGGAAGUGAAGCAAAUCAAAGUAAGCAGAGCAACACAAGGAUAAUAACGUACCCUGGAGAAAAACUUGCUCAAACAGGGAUUUGAUGGCAACGUAUUGCCUUGGUGUAUAUGUUACCGCCAAUUUGUAGAUUAUGAUAUCAUUGUCACGUGUGAAAGCAUAAUGUUGUAAAUUACAAAGUCCGAGUUCAUAGCUUCUUUCCUCGUCACCUUUUUGGUGAGGGACCUCUAACCUAUUACUCCUGUAUUUAGAAGCCAUACUUGAUGGCUGGUAAUUCCUAUAUUAAGUAGUAGCAUUAAAGAGAUGAAUUAAUUAGUUUCCUUCAUGCAACUAUUCCCUUUUCCACAUUUUAAAGGAAAAUUUUUCUA